AUGGUAUAAUAAGAUAGGGAGGCUUACUAUUAGAAUUACAGAGGUGGAAAUAAUCCAACUUUAACUAGUCAGGGCUCUGCAUCAGAACCAAUAAGUCCAUUUCAUAAUGGAAUUGAGCAAGCAAAAGGUGGAAAGGGCAAAUAAAGGCAUAAUGGAUCUUUUGUCUAUCAUAGAAAAGGUUAAGCCUUACAAAAUAUACCAGGUAGACAUACUAAUAGAGUUAGUCUCGGCUAAAGAGGUAAAUAUUCUACCAGAGAUGAAACAUUAUCUGACAAUCAGGAUGACAGAUAGCAUUCAGUUCGUAACAAAUAGAGAGUAAAGAAUACCUUGAACUUUAUCAAUAAAAAGAUUACUUAGAUGCAAGAUGACGAUGAUUCAUUCAAGUAUACAGAAACCCCAGGUGGUAUUCUUAGUGGCACUCCUGGAGAGGGCUUAAAUGAUUCAUUUACUAGCUCUAAUGAUAAAUUUACUAUGGACGAAGAAAAUGUAGUACUUUUUCAUGAUAAAUGCUAGAUUGAGAAGUUUUUCUCUGAUUUGCCAAAACUACAAAAUUAUUUCUAUUUAUAAAGUGGGAGAUACUAUGUGCCUUCAAUAUUAUGUAAUAGUCCAAGAGAUCUUAGGGAGGAAGCAAUGAUUGUAUUAAGAAAUUGUGAUUUAUUGUAAAAUUACUAAAUUAAGCAUAUGAAAUCGAGUAAAUUAGCUGAGAACUUUAAAAUACAUCAUUUUGCCUUUUUAGAUAAUAAGCCAAUCAACUGGAAAGAUUAACUGCUUAAUGAUCUGAAAAACUUUUGCUUAAAUGAUGGACUUGAGUUAAUAGGGGCAAUUAAUGAUUAUCAAGGAUUUAGCACUGAAAGCUAGAUUAAUUAGGGACCUAUAGGUAAAAGUUUUCAACUUCUGUUUUAUAAAUAGCCAAAGUACAAUAAAAGCUUAAGGUUCAAUUUCUUUAUUGAAAUUAUUUAUGAGGAUAUGUAGUAAAAAGAACUGUAGGAAUUUAUAAAUAAAAAAGCACUUGAGGAAAGCGGGGUGUUUAGAACAUGCCUAACUGUAUAUGAGAAACCGAAAAGAAAGAAAGUAAAUGGUCAUGCUAAUUAUAAUGAUAAGGGGCAGCUCAAUUUAGAAGUUUUUUGCCAUAUUCUAGUAUUCGAAAAAAGAAAAGAUGAAGACGAGGAAAAAUUCACUAUGGUCUUUAAAGGAAGCAGAGAUUAUGAGAACGAUCCUUCAAUAAAGAUCAAUGAAUUUUUAUAUAGAGAGGAAUUGUGCUAGAAGUUUAGAAUAGCCGGAUUUCUUCCUAAAAACUCCUUCGAGGAGUCAUUGUUUAUUUUCUCAGCCUAAUGA